UAUAAACACAGCGCUUGAAAUAGUAAAAAAAAUAAAAUUAAAAAAGUAAAGUCGCAAUCACAUAGCAGUUAGAUUUCAAAGGCAGCGUAGAGUGAACUAAAUAAAGGCGGCGGAAGCAUAGCGCUACAAUUUCUGUAAAAAAAUGGAUAAUCUAGCCAGUGUAGGAUUAGCAUGUUUGUGCUGUCUAAAUCUACUCUUCGUAAGAGUUAAUGGCGAUUUUGUGCUAUGUGAGACCCCAAAUGGCUCAGUUGGAAGCUGCAAAUUACUUGUUGCCUGCGAGAGUCUUUAUAAUCUUGCCAAGAAUCCGCAAACGGAAGAGGAUGUACAUUUUUUACGCAAGAGUCAAUGUGGAGUCGCAAAUAAUAGUCCACUUGUUUGCUGUGCAGAAGCCCAAAAUGAAAUAGCUACCCAACUAUGUCAAACACCAAAUGGAGAAGAAGGUAAUUGUAUAGUCAUAGAAGAAUGUCCGCCUUUGUAUAAACUGGCAUUGAAGAAGGAUAUAACGCAAGCAGAAAUAGCAUUUUUGAGAGGCAGCAAAUGCGGAAAUGAAGUCGAUAGCAGAAAUGUUUGUUGUCCAAAACUGAAGGCAUUGGACACUGCGCCAAAACCAAAAGUUCGUGCAAUCUUCGAUGAAAUUUCCGACACUGCAACAUGUCAAACACCAGACGGACUAGCAGGCGAGUGUAUAGCCAUAGAUGAUUGCAAUGCCUUGAGUUACCUUUUUCAAAAAGAGCAAUUAACGGCGGCUGAAUUGUUAUUUGUACGGCGAAGCGAAUGUGAAACAGGAGAGUCUCAAAUUUGCUGUCCGAAGACUACGAGUAAAGAUGACGAAGAGCAGAAAAUUAAAAUAGCGGUAAACGCAGCUGUUCGUUUUCUGUCCACAUAUUGGCCAUAUACCGCCUUCAAGUGGUUUACCUCAUUUCCAUCCUGCGUAACAUCAUUCGAUAUGGUUGGUGAGUGUAUACCAAUACAGAAUUGCAGCGUUAUGAUGAAUAUAGUAUUAAAAGCCANUCACCAUCUAAUUUUCAGUUACCUCAUUUCCAUCCUGCGUAACAUCAUUCGAUAUGGUUG